AUGAUAAAACAAGGCUUGAAACCUGAUGUUGUUACUUAUACUUCUUUGAUGGAUGGAUAUUUCUUGGUUAAAGAAGUGAACAAGGCUAAACACGUAUUCAACUCUUUUGUUCGAAGAGGAGUUGAACCUAAUAUUCACAGCUACAAUGUCAUGAUUGAUGGAUUAUGUAAGAUUAGAAUGGUGGAUGAAGCUGUCAGUCUCUUCAAAGAAAUGCAUUUGAAAAACAUGGCUCCUAAUACUAUAACAUACAAUUCGCUUAUUGAUGGACUUUGCAAAUCGGGGAGAACUUGUGAUGUUUGGGAUCUGAUAGAUGAGAUGCAUGAUAGAGGUCAACCAUUUGACGUGUUCACCUACAAUAUCUUAUUAGAUGCUUUGUGCAAAAGCCAUAAUCUUGACAAGGCAAUAGCAUUAUUUACAAAGUUCAAACACCCGGGAAUUAAGCCAAAUGUGUACACAUACACAAUAUUAAUUUACGGUUUGUGCAAAUGUGGAAGACUUAAGGACGCACAAGAGGUUUUUAGGAUACUUCUGUCGAAUGGCUAUCAUUUAAUUGUUACGUCGUACACUGCAAUGAUUAAUGGAUUUUGUAAAGAGGGCUUGAUUGAUGAAGCAUUGACCUUACUGUCAAAAAUGGAAGACAAUGGUUGCAUUCCGAAUGUUGUAACUUAUGAAAUUAUUAUUCGUGCUUUGUUCAAAAGUGGAAAGAAUCUUAUGGCUGUGAAACUUCUCUGUGAAAUGAUUGAUAAAGGUCUAAUGUAA